AUGGACCCGAAGACAGGGGUGCUGGCCACUUCUUCUCUCCCAGGAGACGCCAGCCAAUUCGACAGGGGCGAUGUAGCGUUCAUCAUCAUUGCAGGCGCGAUGGUAUCUUUCAUGAUCCCCGGCCUUGCCUUUCUGUACUCGGGACUGGCCAGACGAAAGUCCGCGCUCACGCUCGUGUGGGCGGUCGCAGCAAGCAAUGCAGUCACCAUCUUUCAAUGGUACUUCUGGGGCUACUCCCUUGCGCUCUCUCGGUCAGCGACAAACGGCUAUAUAGGAAACCUGCGCCAUUUUGGCCUUCGCAAAGUACUCGCGGAGCCUUCUCCUGGUUCCCCCCUCAUCCCGGAGUUGCUGUACUCGUUUUAUCAGAUGGAGUUUGCUUGCGUAACUGUGGCGAUCCUAAUGGGCGGGAUAGCGGAGCGUGGUCGGGUUUUCCCUGCGAUGGUUUUCACGUUCGUGUGGAUGACACUCGUGUAUUGCCCGCUUGCUUGCUGGGCUUGGGGAGCCAAUGGAUGGGCAUUUAAGUGGGGAGUGAUGGACUAUGCAGGCGGAGGGCCUGUUGAGAUCGGUAGCGGAAUCGGCGGUCUAGCGUAUGCUUGGGCCCUCGGCCGACGGACCGAAAAAGAACUAAUCAACUUCCGCCCACACAACGUCACUAAUGUCGGUCUCGGUACUUUCAUCCUCUGGUUCGGCUGGAUCGCAUUCAAUGGUGGCAGCGCGUUCGGCGCAAAUCUGCGUGCUGUCAUGGCUACUUGGAAUUCCAUGGUCGCCGCUGCCUUUGGCGGGAUGACUUGGUGUUUGCUUGAUUACCGCAUUGGCAGGAGAUGGACUAUGGUUGGAUUUUGUUCCGGCACUAUUGCCGGUCUGGUUGCCGCAACACCAUCUUCUGGGUUCAUCCACCCAUGGGCUUCGUUAAUUCUAGGUGUUGUUGCUGGCGCAAUAUGUAACUUCGCCACAAAAAUUAAGUUCUUGGUCGGGAUCGACGACGCGCUGGAUCUUUUCGCUGAGCACGCCGUUGGAGGGAUCCUUGGUCUCUUGUUUAACGCACUGUUCGCCGAUACGGAAGUCAUUGCCCUCGACGGCGUCAAUCUUGAAGUAGCAGGCGGCUGGAUCGACCAUAAUUGGAAGCAACUAUACAUCCAAGUCGCUUACAUCUGUGCGACUUGCGCGUAUACGUUUGUCAUGACGGCCCUCCUCGCAAAGGGAAUCGACAUCAUCCCUGGGUUGAAGCUCAGGAACGACGCAAAGGGCGAGGAACUUGGCAUGGACGAGGUUGAGAUAGGAGAGUUUGCGACUGAUUAUGUCGAGGCUCGCCGCGACUACUUGUCCUGGUACACACCUCAACCUUCAACGGACACUAAAGAGGAAGUGGAUCAACAUGUUCAACAUGUCACAGCAGGGGAUCGUCACGGUCGUCCUGACCUUGAUGGAGUGUUCACCAACGGAAACGGUCGUCUAUCAUCGAUAGCUGAAAAAGAGGCAGCAUGA